UCUUAAGUCUACUCUUAAACGAGGUGACUGUGUCUGCCUCCCGGACUGAAAUUGGAAGCUGGUUCCAUAAAAGAGGAGCUUGAUAACUAAUUACACAAAGUUCAAUAUCGGUGCCGUGUGGUUGUUGGUGUGCAGUAAAGUUACCGUGAAUGGAAACGCAUGAACUACAGAGAUCAUUGGAAGGCAUUGUCAACAUGAUUCAUAUUCCCCAACGUCAGAGUACAAGUGUGGAACGCCCCCCGCACAUAGACCUGCCCCCCAGCCUCCACAGAUGGGCCGCUCCAGAGGUCAUUAAGCGGCGAGCGUGCACGGCGCAGGCCGACAUCUACAGUCUGUGCGCUCUGAUCCAGGAAGUCUACACAGGUAGUGCUCACGUCCCCCUUAAAGGAGCAGCGUGGGGCAUUUAGAGCGGGAUCUCUCGGCAGAAAUGCAAUAUAAUACUGUGAACCGUGGGGCACAGUGGACCAGCACGGGAUCAAACAGGCGAUGGAUGCAGGCGAGGCCCUGGUAGUAGACAGCAGCAUUCCACAGCCUUAUUAUGAUGUGGUCCUGAGAGGUCUGCAGCACCACCCACAGGACCGCACAUGCAGCCUGCAGGGCCUGUGCUACACCCUACAGCAGGACAUCAAGGUGGGCCUCACCCUGCACGGUCAUAUUUAUGUUCAUACCUUCUCGAGUUACUAUUUCCAGAAUGCACACGGACGCAUCCUCAGAAGUCUUUCUGGGCCUGUUUGUGCGCUGCAGAGGUUCUCCCUGGAGGAGCAGAUGACUGGUGGGCUGUGUGAACAAGAUCGGGGGCCCGAGGUCCAGGCCACAGCACAGCAUAGGCCCAUUGUUGGGGAACCAGUACAGAGCGGUACAGAGCACAACACGCAAACACUUGUCCAUAGGACUGUCAGACUAGUCACAGGGCAGGCAGAAAGACAUGUCCACCUGGACAAACAUCUGUACAGAGGAGCAAAGCCACAGCCGGGGAGAGAACGUACGGAGGGAGAAUCCACGUUCCGCCAGGUGUACCCUUAUGCAGGCAUGCUUCCUCUGCUCGGUGAGUUUGACUCAGUCAGUUCCGAGGAAGAACCAGAGGAAGAACCAGAGGCGCACAUAGACAGGGAGUUCGUGGAGCAGCUGGAUGACCUGAACAUAGCAACGGAUCAGCAGAUGAGCACCAUUGCGGUGAACCUCAAAGUGUCCCGAGAGCUGCUGCGGCAGUCCAGCAGGAGCCUGGACAAAGUGGAAAAGCACCUCCAGCUGGACCACAGCGCCUCCUCUCGCGCCUCCUCCGUCUCGUCCUUCUCGACGUCCUCCACGAACCGUUCAGGAGUGAGCGCCGCUGUUGGACCGCCCUCGAAGCAUUACAGCCUCUUUCCGCACAGGGGAGAUGCUUGGGGAAAGAAGCUGGAGGCCCAGCUUCUAAGCAGGGACUGGGAACUGCUGAGCCAGGAGGAGCUGGCUCUAUGGCUGAGCUACUAUCCAGCCGAGCAGCAGCAGAGGGAGGGGGGCCGCCUCAGGACAGGGAGCCGGCCGGUGGGAGCUGAUCCGGACGAGGAGGAGCCGAGCCUGUACAGAUCAGCUCUGGACAGCAGCCUUCUCCACACCCUCUCUGAGAAGCAGCAGACGUCUUCCAGUUCUCCAGAAAACGCAGACGUUACAAUGGAGGUGUGCCGGCCAGCAGCGAGUGGGAGCCAACUGUUAGAUACUCACAACAACACCAAAUAUGAGAGCUUCCCAGACAGUGAUCCUGAUGCCAGUGGAACACAGGCUCAGUCUACAGCUAACCCUCUCAUGGAACAGUUAGACUCGGCUCUGCUGGCAGAGCUCUCCAGCAUCACAGACUCUCCAGCUCAGCCUGAGAAGAAUCUCCACGGUAUCCGUGGUAACGGGAGAGCCCCGUCCUGUUACAGUACCCCACGCAGCCCGGGCGUACGCCGGCAUGUGAUGCCGGCCAUGAGAGAGGCCGGUCUCCCAGACUUCCCCGUCUGCAUGGCUGAGAGUUUCACCACACCACCAGGAAAGCCCCCCCCUUUCAAGGCAGAAUCGGCCAGCAGUCCAGAGGGCUUCAUCACGGCCAGCCAGGAGGAAGAGCUGGUAGACCCCAUCUUUCCCAGCUUCACGGCCCACAGAGGCUGCAGCACUGAGGAAGAGGAAGGACCCGAGCAGAGUGAAGAGAGGCAGAAUGGAGGCAGUCAAAGCCCAGCGAGGGUGUACGACGAGGAGGAGGAGGAGGGUGCUCAAGAGAAGCUCAUGGAAAUGCAGAGAGAAUCACAGCUGCAGGGCAAGACUGGAGGAGAAAACAUGGUGAUGGAGGAGGAGAAAGGAGGCGAGCAUGUUGAGGAAGAGGAGCAGCAUGGCUCCGAGUGUAGUGGUGAGAACCAACAGACCAUCAAAAACAUGAAUAUCUCUAAGUAUAUUUAUGGAUUCCUUAUCAACAAUAUUAUGUUGUUGGUUUUCUUUUUUUUUUUAAAUAGCCGACAUUGUAAGUGGAUUAUUUUUAAUUUCUAAAACAUAUUCUAUACAUUUAACAGCAAACAAUAUAAAACAUACUUGAACUAAACUCUCAAAUAUAAAAAUAAAAACAAUACACCCCCGCCACCACCCUCAGUUAGGAUCGGUAAUAAAAAGAUACGAUAAGACCAGCCGUCCUCGACUCGGCCUCUAGUUUGAUCGGGAACAGUAUCGCAGUACGAAAGCUCACUAUCAUUCCAAAAUACUUCAUUACUUGGAUCGGUUUGUCCACUCAGGGGAGCUCGUUGCCGACACAGUGGCGGCAGAUCAGAAGGAGGAGCUCGGGGCGUCUCCCGGGUCACAGAAAAGUCCCAGUUUAUUGGAGGACACCAACAGGUGGGGAACAGGGGCUGUGUCCGUCUCAAUGCUACACACACACAUUUACAGUUACAAACAUGCCGGCUGCGUCUACCGCCUGCGUGUUCUCUUUUUUCAGAGCUCACUCGACACUAGACGACGUGCUGCUGGGCUUUGGCAUGGAGGGCACCGGAAGGAGCACCCCAACGAGUAAAGUGGUCCACGAGCUGUGAGUAUCCAGUGCAGCUAAAUAAUAAGUGACAGCAAAGAGAAUCAUGCAGUUAAUCGGUUUCUCUGGCAGGAAAACAUAAGAAACUAAAUAUAGUGAUGGAGUGCCUCCCGUGUCUAGGUGUCAGCUGUUUGAAGGGCAGAGUGGAGGCGAUGAAGGACACCCGACGGGAGACUACGCACACGUCGGCAGCUCCAGUGAUGACUCGGCCUCCACUGGCAGACGCACGUGCUCUCGAAACACCCCGGCUCUGCACAUGUGACGCGGUCACGGCUGUGGUGACGCGCUCAAAGUCAAACACGGGCGUUCAUGACCCGAGCGUUUCCACAGCAGGCCCGGCUCCUCGGGAGCCAGAAAUGUUCUUUCAUAUUGUUACGGUUCCUGUUGUGGACUUCACAGGGAGGUUUGGUUCGUAGCGCACCGUUGCUGGUUUGCUGCGGGGUUUAGGGUUUGUUAUUCUGGAAUGUUUUCAGCUGCUGACGCUCUGAAUGAACCGACUAUCAGUCAGAGCCGUCAUCAUUUGUAUCGUUUAAAGAUUUGUUAAAAAAUCCUUUUUGACGCUGGCAGAGAAGAAGUCCCCUUCAAGUUUUAGACAUUAUUUAUUUUACAUUUUGUCGUUUUGGGAAAUAAAAAUCAUAAACAAGA